AUGGAAAAAAUUCCAAGCCCUCGGAUCAAUUUGGAUUUGAAUACGUUAAAAUCUGGAUUACCAUUGGACUCGAAAGGAAAUAAAUUUCAAAACUUUAGUAACAGAAGUCCACGGAGCGAGGCAUUGACAGUUCUAACGAAUCUAAGUUCUCCGACAGAUUCUAAUAUAAGCCCGGCCUCCAGAAGCGAUUCACUGAGUCCAGCCACCUCCUCCAGUUACGCGACUGAGCAUGAUCACGAUUAUGAAAAUAUCGCGUCUCCAUGUAGCAGCACAGCCAGUGGUCCAACCUACGUCCGUCCACCAGGUUUUGAACAUCAUGCACAAGAAAUUCUGUCAUCCAGCGUAAAAAUUAAAAAGAAGAAAACAUCAGCAUUAUUCGCUCAUCGAGAAAGUUUGCGAAAACGUGAACCAACACCGCCUAAAAAAUUUGAAAGACAUCUGUUUAAUCUGUAUAAAGAAGAAUUACCAAUGAAGACAUAUUUUCAUUUUUCAGAACCAUUGCCAAUGAAGUUGAGGGCAUUACCCCAAUCAUUCUGGCAACAACCAAAUCAGCCCCACCAAGUAUCCCCAGGGAAUAUUUUCCGUGUUUUACCCCCGUUAUCUAUUAAAGAUACAGGUGAAGAUGUCACAGGUAAAUACUUUGGUCAAUUGUGUGCAAUGAGGGAAAUUUUGUCAGGACUGUAA